UUAGAGCACAGCCCGGGGUUUGGAGUUUUACCCAACUGUAUUUUAGUAAUUCUUGCUGGUGCAGGGAAUGAACCCAUCACCUUCUGGUGCCAAAGCUACUACUUUAACCAUUACACGUGUGAUAUAUGCAGAGUACUGCCCUGCUGACUAAACCUUAAGAAGUGCUGGUGGUGCCGUCUCAGACAUGACGUCCUCCUGUGUCCUUUGCGGUGUCCUCUUCGUCAUCACGAUCACGUCCAUCACUACACCUGUAUCAGCUGUUAUUACAGUACGGGUGAAGUUUAAUCAGGCUGCUGCUCUGCCAUGUGAACGGACCUGUUCUCGUGAGGCCACAUGGACUCCGUUCGGUAACAAUCAGGUAGUGGCUCAGUGCAAUCAGACAUCCUGCUGGUCAGAGGAGGGAUUUAAAAUGUCCCAUGAUGAGUACCUGAAGGGAAAUCUCACCCUCACCAUCCCUGCAGCUGAUUUCAGUAAGAGGAAAACGUACACGUGUCGGUGUGAUGGAAAAGUCGUUAAUGAUGUGCGACUCAGCAUCGACAGACUGAUCUCAUCAGUUCAGCUGAAGCCUGGUGAAGAUCUGCUGCUGGAUUUGCACGUAUCAGAGCGAGUGGAGGUGAUCUAUAACCACAGAGAUUCAGAUAAACAGAUCUGCAGUGUGGACAGAAGCUCACUCCACUGUACAGCUGAAUACACCUCGAGAACAUCACUCACUAACACGGUUCUCAGACUGAGAGGAGUCCGGUCGACUGAUGGGGGAGUUUACAUCGUCCGAGAUCCGGAGGAGAAGGAAGACCUUCAUGUUUACACAGUCAGUGUUGAAGCUCCAGGACCAAAGCGUGGUGGGAUACCAGUGUGGGUGAUUUUACUGGCGGUGGUGAUGUCGGUGGUGUGGGUGGUGGUAUCGGUGAUUGGUCUAACACCGCACGUGAAGCGUGUAAUCCGGUGGAUGCAAAGACGACGACAGAGAAGUUAGGAAUGCGUGUAACUGAGUCAUUUGGCCCCAUGAGGUGAUCACUCAGAUGAGUGUGUGUGGGGUAACCAGUAGAUGUUUGUCAGUCUGAGUGUGUAAUAAUCUGCUGCUGUUCUUGCCAUUUUCUCAGUCUGUUAGUGUUGAACAGUUUAUUUGUCGAUGCAGAUCAGUGAGACUGUCACGGUUACUGAUUUGGGGAAAAGACAAACCUUUCUCUCCUUCAAAAAUAACUUUUCUUUUCGCUAGCGUUAGCUGGUGAGCUCCCUCUGUUAGCGGUGUGACCUCUGUUCUUAACCUGCAGGAAUGUGUUUGUAUAUUCGACCUUAUCGCCUGUUCCUGAAUAACGUGGACAUUACUGCAGCGUUGAACGUGGCACAGAGCCAGUCAAGCAUGUUUUCCAGCUAAUGCUAGCCUGCUGGUUAAAGCACAAGCUCUGGCUUGAGGGAAAGGAGUUUUGGGUUUUGAUUUCUCAGUAUGCAGAGCAGUUAUCCCCUCUCCCCGAGCUUUCUGUGCUUCUGAAAGAGAUGGGGGUGGCCAACAUUGGUUUCCUGGGUGUUUUUUUUUAAAGGUACAAGACAUGCAUGUUUUCUUGUCUUGUAUCAUUAAAAAAAAUGAGUCUUAAAAAAAAAAUUUAAGAUUCAUGACAUUUCUUGUCUUGUUGCUUUUAACAAGCUCUUAUCAUAUGAGGGGAAUCUCAUGUCCUGAUGGGGGAGAAAUGUGUAACACGUGGUUGUUUUAUUUUUUUUGGGGGGGGGGGUGUUUUUUCUUUGACCUAUGUAAAGUGACCUUGAGUUUGAGAGGUGCUAUAUAAAUGUUUUUAUGAUUUAGUAUUAUUUUUAUUUUAUGUGGGGGGAAUCACAUGUCCUGAUGGGUGAGAAAUGUAUAACCUUUUUUUUUUUUAACUUUAUUUAGUUUCAUCAACAACACAACACACAUUUUCAUACAAUUACUUUCUUUUCCAUUUCGCAGCUGUAUAUAAACUUUUUACACACAUUCAAGUAUUAAUCAGGGCACAACAAGAAAAAAAUAUAUAAAAAAUGGAAAGGGAGGGUGUCCACUUAUUUAAGUACAUACACACACAUGCAUGCAUAUACACGUAUAAUUACAUCUGCAUGUAUGUGCACACAGACAAAACAACGAAUUCAUCCAAAUCUGCCCAUGAAGAGAAAAGAAAAAAGGGAGCGAGAGAACAAACCACUCCGCAGUAUAAUCGCCUCGGCAAAAAUACCAGUGCAGUAUCUGCUGUUAGAAGAGGUGGUAUGAGUACGUACAGUGUACACACCGAAAAUCUAAGUAGGUAAAACAAGCAGGAGGGCCGAAGUCUCAUUGGAUUAAUAAAGGUAUAACAGGACUCCAUCGUUUAGUAAAAGUGGAUCUUUGGAGUCUUAAUGAGUCUGUUAUUUGCUCCAUCUGAUCUCGGUCCCAUACUUUUUGGAUCCAUUGGUUAUAUGUGGGAGGAUCCGAUUUCAACCAUCUAAUAGUUCUACGUUUUAGUGCUGCUGUGAGCCGUAUAUUUAAGAGGUAUUUAUUGGCCCUCCUGUCCAUACCUUUGGGUGUUGCUCCCAAUAAUGCCCCUGUAGGGCUUUGUGGGAUAUCCUGUUUGAAAACCUGUUUGAGAGUAUCAAAUAUUUCUCUCCAGAAUAAACCAAGUUUAGGGCACAGCCAGAAUACAUGAGUGUGAUUGGCAGUCUGUGCUCCACAGUUCCUCCAGCAUGAACUGGGAUGUGUUGGGCUCAGGCUUGUAGUACUCGAGUCCGACUUGUGCCCUAAUUUUAAGGACUCGUGACUCAACUUGGGCUUGAGCACUGAUGACUCGAACUUGUGCAUUAACUGCAUUUGAACUCGUAAAUUGGAGACGAAGACUCUGAUUUUUUCUUUAUUUUUUGUAACAUGCCAUAAUAAUUUGGCAUAAGAUAUUUUAUAACUACACUAAUUUUUGUACGAAUUUGGUGCAAGAGUCUCGUACCUGUGCGCCUUGGCACGUGCAUCAGAUCGACUCUUAGGCGUGCUCCGGAUCCUCACGCACGUACACGAAGUGGAUUCUUGCGCGCUUACCGUAAACAGAUUCAAAUAAACUAGUCGUAUCAGACGCUCGCUGGCCGUGCUGUGAAAAUUAUCCAUGCAGACGUUCGUCAAAGUUUCCAAAUCUGCCGUUGCUUAACUCUUGAAUAUCUUCUAUCGUGAAUACUCUCAUUAAAAAUCUUACAUUUCUGUGGAAAGCAGAGAUAAUAUCUGGUUAAGAUCUGUUCAGUAACGACAGGUUGAAGUCAAAGAAGCACAACUUUAUUCAUCACACACACGUGAAAUUUCCUCUCUGCAUUUAACCCAUCUGAAGGAGUGAAAAACACACAUGCGCACACGUGAGCAAUGAGCACACACACACACACCCAGAGCAGUGGGCAGCCAUGCUAACAGCGCCCGGGGAGCAGUCGGGAGUUCUGUGCCUCGCUCAAGGGCACCUCAGCCCAGGGCCGUCCCAUAUUAACCUAACCUGCAUGUCUUUGGACUGUGGGGGAAACCGGACCACCCGGAGGAAACCCACGCAGACACGGGGAGAACAUGCAAACUCUGCACAGAAAGGCCCUCGCCGGCCACGGGGCUCGAACCCAGAACUCUGUCAGUAUAACAGAGUAAAAACUCUAAUCGCGGGACAUUGGGAAAAUACUGGUCUGUAGCGCGUAUCGAGUGUGGGUGGAGCACAGAGGACGGCAGGACAACGUUUUUAUUUUUAUAACUUUUCAGUUUCAGUAAUCUCAUUCAUUCACACACACACUCGUCUGGUCCCGGGUUGCGCCCCCUCUCCUCUCUCUCUGUCUCCUUAAAUAGGGAGCGGUUACUGGGAAAACACACACACAAACACAGGUUAAUUAUCCUCAGGUGUCGCGAUUCUGCCACUCACCUUCCCCGGCUCCACCCUCCUGUCACAGACCGGCACUUGACCACGCCCCCGCUGCCACACGGUCCUUUUGCUUUUUGAGUGACGGGAAAGAGGUCAGGCGCUUCCCCCCCCUCGCUCUCACUGUUUCUGAUGAAGGAUUCAGUAAAAUUCCCUCUGCUAGUUUUGAUGUUCUGAUUCACGGCUGACUUUGAAGUGAGUUUUCAGAGCUUUCCCUACUUAUUUUUUCAAAUCAAACUGAUUCCUGUAAAUAAAUAACUAUUUUAGAAUAUAACUGGACUUGUUUUGAUAAAAUAUUGAGAUCUUAUUGGUUGGAAUGAUAUUUUUAAAAAACCGGAAGUCAGAAACAUGAGCGUCAGUUUCAGUUCAGCUAAUGUGAGUUGUUUAUUGGAUGUGGAUCAGACAGGUUUUUUCCAAGUUCGCAUUGAAAGCUGUGAAUAUUAAUCAAAAUAAUCAUUUAUAUUCUUUCAUAUAAACACUAGUCGGCCCUACUGAGAAAUACAAAGGCCUACAGAGCACAAAGAGGGGAUUAGAGAUCUUUUAUUACUUUUUUUAAUUUUUGAUAAUUUUUUUAAAUGCAUAUUUUAUAACUGUAUUUGUAAUUAACAUUGAUUUUUCCUGCUUUGUGAUGUAUAAAUGAGUUAAG